ACGCGAAACAAACAGUCAGUCAGUGCUUCUCAGCGGGGGUUUUGACAAAAACUACCCCAAUUGUUUGUUAUGUACCUCGAAACACCCCCCCGUUGCCUAUAUACAGUUGUUAACAAUUAGGGUUAUUAGUCAGUCUUGGCUUUUGUCGUCAGUAUUUGAGGACAAUUGAUAAAAAGCGAGGAUGUUGGUCCCCGCGGGAAGAUAAUGAAGAAGCUGCGCGUGUUGUUGCUGUGCGUCAUUUUAACUCUCCUGUGCUGGCACUCUGCUCAUCAUGUUUAUUGUUCAGAAGAGAUCCCCUCUGGCCCAGGACUCCCUGCACAGGAUGACCAUUACACAAUGCAGGAAACCGGGACUGACGAAAAGGUUGAAGAGGAAUGGACGACACACGCUCAGUCAUCAUAUGAUGUGGGGCUGGAGACAGAGACAGAGACGGAGAAGGCAACAUUAAAAGAAGCCUCAUUGUACUCACAAGACUCCCCACAAGAAGAGGACAAACAGACUGUGAAUCAAGAGGAGCUGGUGGAGGAGGCUCAGAUUAAUCUUGAAUUGGUUCUUCUUGAGCUAGAACAACAACAACAACAACAACAGGAGCAGCAACCAGAACCCCAGAACACCCAACAACCAGACCAGCAACCAACACCCACACUCGCACAUCCCCAAACACCUACUUCACAUGAACCCCAGCCAGACUCUGAAGCUCCACAGACCACUGCCACAGAGGACCAUGCUGUCCAUGCCUCCUCUGCUCUAACCCUUCCCCAGACCGACCAACAGGCUGAAGAACCCUCUGAACCUGCUGCUGAUCUCCAGAUGAGCACAGGUUCAGUCUCAUCUACCUCCUCAGAGAGCAUAUCCAGUGGACUAGAUGUUCCCCGUGAUGGUGCCACUGUAGAGAACUCUAGUGCCAGUCAGUGUGAGUUGGGCUCUGUGCCCCACUUCAGCCAACCCUUGCCCCUUGGCAACACACCCACCAGUUUUGUGGAGGAACAUGCAGAGAAUAAGUCUGGCACGUUGGGGCAGAGCAUGGAGGCAAUUGCUGACACAACUGCCUCGCUGGUCCCGAGUGAGCUGGAUCUCACGGAGCUGGAGCCGACAGCAAACAUCCCUAUACCUCGAGAGCAACCAAAGGCAGUGGACCAUGAUGGAGUGAUAGUCCCUCCUGUAACCUCUAAAGAGGACAUCCCCACCUUCGAUGAGUGGAAGAAGAAAGUGAUGGAAGUAGAGGAAAAGAAAAGUCAGUCUCUGCACACUUCAUCAACUGGCAGUCCUCAUCCAGUCAAAAAGGUCCAAAAGAAUUUCAAGAAUAACUACGCUUCAGUGGAGUGUGGGGCCAAAAUCCUUUCGGCUAACAAUGAGGCCAAGACCACAUCUGCCAUCCUGAUGGAGAAUAUGGAUCUGUACAUGCUGAACCCCUGCAGUACUAAGAUCUGGUUUGUUAUUGAGCUCUGUGAGCCAAUCCAGGUGAAGCAGCUGGACAUUGCAAAUUUUGAGCUGUUCUCUUCAACACCGAAAGAUUUCCUAGUGUCUAUCAGUGACAGGUAUCCAACCAAUAAGUGGAUCAAGCUGGGCACCUUUCAUGCUCGUGAUGAACGCACAGUACAGAGCUUUCCUCUAGAUGAGCAACUUUAUGCCAAAUAUGUCAAGAUGUUCAUCAAGUACAUAAAGGUUGAGCUGCUCUCCCAUUUUGGAUCUGAACACUUCUGUCCCCUCAGCCUUAUCAGGGUGUUUGGCACCAGUAUGGUGGAGGAGUAUGAUGAGAUAGCCGACUCUCAAUACACCUCAGAGAGAGCAGAGUAUCUUGAUGAAGACUACGACUUCCAUUUUGCAGAUUACCCUCCUGGCUACUUGCCAUUAGAGGACAAGUCAUCAAAGAAUCUGCUGGGCUCUGCCACAAACGCCAUCCUGAACAUGGUGAACAACAUUGCAGCUAACGUUCUGGGAGGGAAACCAGAGCUUGAGGAUGGAGCUGAAAUGGAAGGAAAUGAGUCAUCUGAGACCGAAAACAUCACCCAGACAUCAGCAGAAAACACACUCACUCCAGAACUCUCACUCACUGAACAACCAGCUAUACUGGACCCUCUUGAGUUGGAUCCCACUAUAGUGGAAGAGGAAUCGGAGGCUCCUGAUAUUGUGGCUUCUUCAGUUCCUCCCCCUGAAGAGACCCGUAUAGUCACCCUCAUCAAAGAAGAGGAUGACGAAGAGGUCACCCAACCAAUGGUGUCCUUGUUGGAGGAGGAAAUAGAAGAGGAGAGGAAAGAAGCAGAGGUGUGGGAGGGAGAGAGUGCCUUUUACUGUGGUCACUUCUCGACUCUGUCCUGCUUAGCAUCUUUGCAUGAACACUUUUAUUGCUACUGUUCAGCAGCUUUAGCACUACACCGCCAGCGUAGAGAUCACCGCCACAAAGCACAGCACACACAUCCUGACACAGAUUCUCAAACUGCCACUCACCAGCCUCUCCCUGCAACCACUCUGACCCAAGAGCCCCCUGUGCUGUCCGAGAAGCUUCCUGAAGCAGAGCAGCCCUCUCAUACGCAAGUUGAGGGAAUUUCCCCCACUGAAACGGUGGAUGCUCAGCUUCAGCCUAACAGCGGAGACUCCUCAGUGACCGACCAGUUGGUCCCACCUGAAACCAUCCUCCUGGAGCCCAGUCGUACCUCCACCCUUCCCCCACACAGCUUCUCUGAAACCCCCACUCAAAACAUCCCUGAGUCCCUACCCUCGGGAGAGCCCAUGGACCAGCGUCCGCAGUACCUGGAGAACAUCCCGGAGACCCGUACCCAUGUGAGCAUCUGCAGCAGCACCAGCAGCAGCGCCCCAACUCUCAGUGCCACCUCCUGCAUGCUCACCUCCACCACCACUGAACAUCACAGCGUGGAGACAGAAACCCCAAAACUGGAGCUCCCCAUCCCCACUAAAGAGCAGCCAGUUCAGCCACUGCCAACCCACACUCAGCCUGCUGAUAUCCCUCCUCCUACUGAGCUCCCCAUCCCAGCUCCAGAGGCCUCAGACAACAGUAGGGCCACAGGGGUCGAGGACAUGAACCACAGUGCUGUGGCUUCCCAACCAGAGGUCUCUGAAGUCCCUCUGUCUCAAACAGAGGAGACGGUAGAUGACAUUCUGCUCAGCCAGACCGGACCACACCGCACAGCUGGAGAGUUUUAUGCAGAGCAGCAGAACUCUGCAGAAAUGGGCCAUGGGAAUGGAAACGGCAAUGGGAAUCAGGUGCAUGGAUCCAACCAGAAGGAAUCUGUGUUCAUGAGACUGAAUAACAGAAUUAAAGCACUGGAGAUGAACAUGUCACUCAGCAGCAGAUACCUGGAAGAGCUUAGCCAGAGGUAUCGUAAACAGAUGGAGGAGAUGCAGCAAGCUUUCAACAAGACCAUUAUCAAACUGCAGAACACAUCCAGAAUUGCAGAUGAGCAGGACCAGAAACAGACCGAGUCUAUCCAGAUGUUACAGAGCCAGUUAGAGAAUGCCACCAAGAUCAUGUUGAACCUGUCUGCCACUGUUGCCCUGCUACAGACAGAGGUGUCAGACAGACAGAGUUAUCUAGUGAUGUCUUUGAUCCUGUGCCUGACGCUGGGUUUGCUGGUCUGUAUGCAGUGCUGCAGGAGCCCACCCAAUCACAACAGCAGCUCAACCAUUCCCAUGAGCAACCACUACCCCAGCCCAAAGAGGUGUUUUUCCUCAUAUGAUGAUAUGAGUCUGAAACGGAGAGUGUCUUGCCCUCUUGUCCGUUCUAAGUCAUUUCAGCUGCCUACAUCAGAAGUAGGUCCUGAUGACUUGUACAUUGUAGAACCUCUAAGAUUUUCUCCAGGGAAAAAGAAGAAACGUUGCAAGACCAAAGGCGACAGAGUGGCGAUGCUCCAGCCCUCUGUCCCCUUGACGGCAGUCGUUAAUGGUCCUCUUCACUUCCUGCCAUCGGGAUGCGACAUCUACACGUCCACCUGCUCAUCAUCCAGGGACUGCGCAUCAGAGGGCAGCUACGAGAGCUCCAUCUCUACACUGUCUGAGGAGUCCUUCGGCAGUGCUCCCUCGAUCAAUGGUCAUGAUCCCGCCCUCUGCAAUGGAGAUGCCCCACCCAGCAUCCCUGCCUCCAAGAGCAAGAUAGAAAAGAAAUCUCUAAAACGUAGACGGUCAAAACAUGUCGAACAGCCACAGCAGGAGGACCGGUUUGAGGGGGAAAUACUGCAUGCACCCCUUCCCGUAACGACAAUGGAGGAACUCAUGAAUGGAAAGGCGGAACUGGGAGUGGCCACAUUUGGAAGGACAGCUGUAACAGGACAAGUUUGAGUUUUUGUAGAUGCGUUACACACCUGUCGUCCGUGAAUUACUUAGUGAGUCUGGUAUCCUAGAAUCCACUUUUGUGCUGCCAUCUUUCUUUAUCUUAUUUUAGCUCACCUUCAUUUUGAUAUUGGAUCACCAGGCUUUGCAUAUAAACUCCAGUGCAAUGGUGAUCCUGGCUGCAUCUUUCCCCACAUUACAACAUCCUGGUUCUCAGAACUGCUUGUUUAUGUGCCUUUUUAAGUCAUUUGAAAAUCCUCACAAUUAUUGACCACCACAGAGCCGAAGGAUCCUUUUUGUUAUUCCCUUUAAUGUUGUUUUUUUUUUUUUUUUUUUAUAUAUAUAUUCUGGGAAAAAUGAUAACUGAUGAACUUUGUAAGUAUGAAUGAAACUUGAUUUGAUGUUCUCCUGUCCUGGACUGUUUAUGUUGUUAUGGCCAGCAAGUGGUGCUGCAUUGGAUAUUGAGGCUAAGUGAGAGGGGCAUAGGCUUGUUAAAUGUAAAUAGCCCGUCUUCAGCCCCUUCUCCACAGAGCAGAACACAUGAUGUUCCUGGAGUCUGGGAUGUGGCUCCUCCCCCUUCACUAAAAUGACCCUCAGGUCUCCAUUUCUUUCAUUCCCCUUUUACUUCAAACUUCCUUUCUUGUUUGUUUCAAAUACAAUAGUCUUUCUUGUACAUGUGAGUGUGCAACACUACGCCAGUCGUUGAACGUGGUUGGUUUGUGGGACCAGUGAUGUCACAGCACAGGGCUUUAAUCCAGUGAACAGAGCUGAAUGAAGAACAGAUCCAGUCCUAUUUUUUUAACAUGUGUUUAUUUUUCUUACAAAGUAUGUCUAAUUUCCUUCCAAUCACACUCUAGUGUGACCAACAAACCCAGGCUGGGCCUGAACGAACACCUAUAUACUGACUUACAUAUGUACAUAUACAAAAAUCAAUUAUUAUUGACAAAGAAUAUUUUGACACACCCAACAACAUGAUCAUGUGCUCAGUCUCCAGCUUUUUCAAAUGUUUACAGCUUAUUUUGUCUCUUUUGUGUGUUUAGUAGAGCCAACAUAAGAGGAAGAGGCCAGUUUGUCAUUUAAAAACACGUGCAGGCAUACAUUUGUUCAUUUUACAACACACUUUAUAUGUACACAGGGAGUAUUUUUAGAGAUGAUUAUUUAUAUAUUUAUUAAUUUAAAGAAGACCUGGGCUCUAUGAGAUCAUGGUCAUGUGACAAACAAGCUGCAGUGGCCCCAUCUAACCUCCAUGUUCUCCAGAUUUGCUAAGACGCAUACAAGCGGUACUGUUACACCCCCACACACACACACACACAAUUGAGAGCUGGAGUCUGAGUCACUUUAUCUAUAGACUUUCUAUACUCUUUCUGAAUAGAUUUUGACUUCUCAAAUGAAAUAAUCAAAUAAUUGUAUUUAUUUUUAAUGUUCUUUUGAUUUAUUCAUUAAUUCAUCUCAAAAUCAGAUACAUUUAAGAUAAAAUUUUAGAUUUAACAAACAUAAUUGAUCUAUUGCUCUAAAUAUUAUGGAGAUGCCAUCAUUGUAAUAGAACAUCUGAUUGGCUCUGCUUUGGUUUAGCAUAUCUGAUUGGGAGCUAUAAGAAUCUCUGUGACUACUGUUCUUUGGAUCUGUUCUGACACGCUCCAGAUUUGUUACUGGAUUUAAGCUCAAUUAUAAGAAUGCCCGAGUUCUCAUCUUUGUGCAAAUUUUAUGCAUGUGUCCAGCGAAGCAACUGUUCAAUAUGUCUUGUCUGUGAUCCACAAUCUAUCAUGCAUGUGUGAAGCUUAUAUGUAAUGUGUAUGUGUACAGCAUCCUCCACUCACUCCAUGUCACUCUUCACACACCUUGGUAAGUGUGUGUGUGUGUGUGUGUCCACUGUUUUCUUGGGUGUUUUUAAUGCACUCACCAGACCAUAUGACAUCCCAGUGGAGCUUCUCUCUCUCAGAUGAAAAGGCUGAUUGGUCAUUAAUACUUUCUUUCAUUCAGACGAUCCCAUCAUUGACCUUUUAUUAACUGUGGGCUCCAGGAGAUUAAAGCAGGUGAAUUUGGGCUUAAAUAAAAGGGAAAGAUUGGGAUGGCGUUGAAUGGACCAUCUCUGUGUGAUUUACCUUUAUGAUCUUUUGUUUGUUAUUGAAUGUUAAUUGAUCUAUGCUUGUGGAGUUAGUGUUUGAGUAUGUAUGGAUAUUUUCUUGACCAGUGUGUAUGUGACUAAUAUUUGGAGAUUAUUCUUUCCAGUACUCCAGUGAAUAGAGACUCCUGUGCACUUUGAAGAACUCCAUCUGCCUUUGUUUUUCCACACAGCCCCUUGUAAGUGCUUUUUCGCCCCAAGCUUUACUAAGUAUGGCGCCGUCUAGUGACCAAAGUUCGAUGUAUUAAUCGUCCGCUAGGUGGCGCCCAAAUUCAAUCUGGUCAUGUUGUCGAACUGCACAGUAUUUUAUUUUUUAUUUUCCAGGAGCAACUUAACUACAGAAGUGUGGUGCCAUUAGAAACUGUGAAUUUAUUAAUAAAACACUUUG